AUGUCCAGCAGCGAAAGCGUGAAGGUGGCCGUACGGAUUCGACCGAUGUCCAAAACGGAACGUGACCGAGGAUGCCAGAGUGUGGUCGAACAGCCCGUACCAAAUCAACCCCAAAUCGUAAUUUGCAGUGGCAGCUCGACAGCCGACAUGUUUUCGUUCAACAACGUUUUCCCGCCCAGCACGACCCAGGCCCACCUGUAUAAGAAAUCGGUGUCCGAACUGCUCGACAAGCUGUUCGAAGGAUACAACGUGACCAUUCUGGCGUACGGUCAAACGAGCUCCGGCAAAACGUACACCAUGGGAACGGAUUUCACCGGCGAGUUGAGCGAGACAAUGGGUGUCAUCCCGCGCGCUAUUAAGGACAUUUUCCGCACCAUCGCGAAUGGCGCGUCGGAUGCGAACUCGGCAAGCGACAUAACCGCAACCUGCUCCUUCAUCGAGCUGUACCAGGACAACGUGUUCGAUCUGCUGGCGGAGAAAUGUGGAAGCGAGCGGCAGGCGCUGGAUAUUCGCGAAACCGUAACCGGAAAUAUUAUCCUGCAGGGGUUAACAGAGAUGCCGAUCGCUACGGCCGAGGACACGUUCGAUUGUCUGGUGCGUGGCUCUACCGGUCGGAUCGUGCGUGCCACGGCCAUGAAUAACGUGUCCAGCCGGAGCCAUGCCAUAUUUACUAUUAACAUCCUGCGGUCGGUUCAGGGUGAGCCGAAUUCGACGAUACGGUCCAAGUUCCAUUUGGUCGAUCUCGCUGGUUCGGAGCGCUCGAAAAAGACAGGCACCACCGGGGACCGCUUCAAGGAGGGUGUCGAAAUUAACAAAUGCCUUUUAGCACUCGGGAACGUAAUCACAGCACUCGGGAAUGCGUCCGGAACUUCUGCCAACAAGGUGCACGUGCCCUACCGGAGUUCGAAGCUGACUCGAUUGCUGCAGGACUCGUUGGGCGGGAACUCUUACACGCUCAUGAUCGCUUGCGUUUCGCCGUCGGCCUAUAACCUAUCGGAGACGCACAGCACGCUUCGGUACGCAUACCGCGUGUGCAAGAUCCGGAACAAACCCAUCAUCAACCUUGACCCGCAGCAGGCGCUUGUGAAGCAACUACAGGAAACCAUCCAGGAUCUGCGGCUCGAGAUAUUGUCUCUGAAAAGCGGCCAUGGUAGCAGUGAGACGGAGGAUGGCUUCCGGGUGCCAGCACCACCGGCACGAUCGCCGGCCCGCGGGUUAACCGAUAUCAAUUUGCGUCCUCAACGAAACACGAGCGAUGCGGAUAAGUUGACGAUUCUUCGGCUGCAGGACGCCAACCGGCUGUUGCAAUCGCAGCUGCAGUCAACUCUGCAUGAUCUUGCGACGAAUGAAAUGCGGGCUACUACGGCGGAGAAGCUGCUAGAUGACAUCGAGCAGACACUGGCCCAAUGGGCCCCGAAUCAACCGAAGGCGACUUGUCAGGAGGAAAAGAUGGACGAGGACUCCGAACCGCAGGAUGAGCGUAAGGCUCCAAACAUUCGAGAGGAAAUGCUUUGCUUACUGACCGCGUACAAAGAGGAGUUGGCCGCCCUGGGUAUGGUGCCCGGAAUGGGUGGUUCAGGCACGAGCAGCUCAUCGACCCGUUCGUCCUUGCAGUCGGAAGAAAUCGAGAAAAAGUCGGAAAGCCACACGCAGCUACAGAUGCGCAUCCACAACGAGCUGAGUCAACUGAACCGUGAGCUCGCCCUGAAGGAAGAAUUACACCGGAAAUGCAUGGGCAACAGUGCAGCUGUCCUUUCCAUCACAACCGAUCGGGAGCGUGAUCUCUCCGAAAAGCUGCACGAGUACGAGAGCAUGAUCCACGGGCUCGAGCAGCAGCUGGUUGAGCUGAACUCACUGCUCGAAAACACGAAGUCAAGCGAGAAACGCUCGAAAUUGUCGGAAGAGCGUCGACGUAAGGUCGUCCAGCUCGAGAGCGAGCUGACAGAGCUGCGCCAGAAGAGCCUGCGGCAGGCGAAACUGCUUAAGCUGAAAGAACGGGACUCGCAACGGAUCGAGGGGUUAAGUGCCGAAAUCCAGACGAUGAAGGCAACCCGCGUGAAGCUGCUGAAGACGAUGCGUACGGAAAGCGAAAACUUCCGCCAGUGGCGCCUCAACCGGGAGAAGGAGAUCUGCCAGCUGAAGGCGAAAGAUCGCAAGCGUGAGUACCAGAUGCAGAAGCUUGAGUCGACGUACUCGCAGCAGAAACGCAUCAUGCAGCGGAAGAUGGACGAAACGAUCAUGGUAAAUAGGCGAUUAAAGGCGACACUCGAUCGUCGCCAACGGCAGAUUAGUACUUCCGCUUCAGAUCGAUCAUUACUGCGUGGUACUCAAGCCAGCCAAUGGAUCGACCAUGAGCUAGAGCUGGUAUAUAACACUUCCGAAGCGAAUAUUACCCUAAACAUGUUGUUGAAACAACGAUCCCAGCAGGCAACUAAGCUGACCGAGCUGCAGGCUCAGCUGGCUGAAUGUACUGAUGGUACUCCUGAGGCAGGUGAACUGGAAGAAGAGAUCCAUCAGAUCGAAUCAGAUCUUGCUUACCGUAACGCACAGAUUGCCGAUCUGCAGCAGAAGAUCCACACCAUGGACACCGACAACCAGCUGUUGGCGUUAAGCGAGGGUUUGGCCAAGCUCCCGGAAGCACGAGAAGCCUUCCGGCGGCUUCUAGAACGGGCGACCCAAACCCACACGAAGCUGGUCGAGGCGCGUUUCCGUUUGGUGGAACAGCAGGCAACAAACGAGUGCCAGGAGGAGACACUGGCGCAGGUUCGCGCUGAGUACGAGCUUGCGGAACAUCGGUACAAGGAGCAGGUGACCCAGCUCGAGCAAACGUACGAAGACAAGCUGGCACUGUUGCUGAUGGAACGGGCUGGUACAUCUCAGGAAGGCGGCAAUGGUGAUGCUCGCCCUGACACCGUUCACGAGGAAGCUAUCCGGCAGAUCGAAAAGCUACGCCACGAUAUCGGACAGUACGAAGCCAACUACGGCAGGGCACUGAAGCGGCUUAAUGAGGUCACGGAACAACCGGUCCACCGCCAACGAAAGGUUCCGCGCCGGUUGAUAGAGGAAAGCAACACAGAGGAGCAACCGGAAGACGAAUGGCUGUCGGAUGCGGAAGAAUUUGAUGAGGUGAUGGAACUCCAGCGUGAUCCUGACUUCCGUGCGACGCCACUCCAUAAGCGGAAGAAGGUAGAUGCAGCUUUUGAAGGAAAUGUCACAAACGCUAGUGUUGUGAGUGGGAGAACCUCGACCUACGGUAACACCUCCAACGGUAAUGCAAGCUGCAGUUGCAGUGGCAACUGCAAAACGAAGCGAUGUGGCUGCCAGAAGCAUGGCGAGAUGUGUAAACCGUCCUGUAAGUGCGCCGUUGGGUGCCUUAAUAGAUCUCAAAAUAAUCUACCAGCUGUCGGCGAAACGGAACAAGCGGAAACGGAAGAAAUGCCAGAUUCCACGACAUCUCUAGAGACCCCACAAGAGGUUAACAAGGAAAACGCGAGGCGCUACGAUGAUGAGAUGGACAUUUUGACCUACUGCGCGAAGUACAGGAAGCGCAAGCCACUGCUGGAUAUCUAA